UGAAGCAAUAUCAACACAUGUGCCCUUUCACUCCAGUUUGUUACAGACUCUUCAUUGAACCGAACGUGCAUGUGUUUUGGGAUGUGGGAGGGAUCCGGAUCCGAGAUUCAGCAGACCCACUUCUCUGCCUCUGCAGACCAUAAUUUCAACCGUUUGUGAAUCAGGUGGAAUUCUGGGAGGUUGGCCUCCCCCUCAAAACCCCAAAGUGUGUUAUUUUCUCUGUUUCUUUCCACCAGCCUUCGUUUCCUCUCUCUCUCUCUCUCUCUCUCUCUCUCUCUCUCUCUCUCUCUCUGUCUCUCUCUCUCUCUUUUUCUCACUUCUUUCCACUCCCAUAAAGUCAAGAAGAGUCCAGAUGAGGACUAUUUGCCGAGACUGAUGGCUUCCUAGCAGCAAAGGCAAACACAAGUGUGCAGCCGCCCGGGAAGCGACAAUAGUCAUGGCGGUGAAAGAGAACGCACGCCGUGUUGUUUUCAUCCUGCUGGCUGCCGCCAUACGUUGUCAAGUUAACCCAGAAAUGUGUCGCUAUCCUCUUGGUAUGACCGGUGGGCAGAUUCAGGAUGAGGACAUUUCCGCUUCCAGUCAGUGGUCUGAGUCAACUGCUGCAAAAUUCGGGAGACUUGAUUUUGACAACGGGGACGGAGAUGGCGCCUGGUGCCCCGACGUUUUAUCCGAAUCUGACGGCCAUAAAGAAUAUCUGCAGGUGGACCUACGAUCGCUGCAUUUCAUUACGUUGGUGGGCACACAAGGGCGCCACGCUGACGGCAUGGGGAAUGAAUUUGCCCAGCGAUACAGGAUCAACUACAGCCGUGAUGGCAGCAAAUGGGUGGGCUGGAGUAAUCGGAAAGGCCACCAGGUCAUUGAGGGAAACAGGAACGCAUACGAUGUGGUGCUGAAGGAUCUGGAGCCUCCUAUUAUCGCUCGAUAUGUGCGCUUCAUGCCAGUGACUGACAACUCUUUGAUUGUGUGCAUGAGAGUUGAGCUCUACGGCUGCGAAUGGCUUGAUGGUCUGAUGUCUUACAGCAUCCCAGUGGGGCACCAAAUGGUCCAUCGAGGACUGGAUGUCUACUUGAAUGACUCUGUGUAUGACGGAGCAUCAGCUGAGAAAAUGACGAAGGGUCUGGGCCAGCUGACCGAUGGAACUUGGGGUCUGGAUGAUUUUCUCCAUAGUCGCAUGUAUGGUAUGUGGCCGGGGUACGACUACGUGGGAUGGAGCAACCGGAGCUCCCCCAAAGGUUACGUGGAAAUGACUUUUGAGUUCGACCACAUCCGAAAUUUCACCUCAGUGAAGGUUCACUGUAACAAUAUGUUCAGUCGAGGGGUCCGGAUGUUCAGGCAGGCCACUUGUUAUUUCCGGUCGGGCUCAAACUGGGAAUCCGACCCGGUGACCUUCAGGCCACCUGUCGACUCCGUGAGCCAAAGUGCCCGUUUUGUCACCGUGCCCCUCGGGGACCAUACCGCCAUCGCCAUCAAAUGCCGCUUUCACUUCAAUGACCUCUGGAUGCUGUUCAGCGAAGUCGCUUUCCAAUCAGGCUCAGCGGUGUACAACACAUCUUUGACUCCUCGAAAACAUGGACACCCAACAAAUGGGCUGCCAGGGGAUGAUCCAACUCACAAAGUGGAUGACAGCAAUACAAGGAUCCUGAUUGGCUGCUUGGUGGCUAUUAUCGCUAUCCUUUUGACCAUCAUAGUUAUCAUCUUGUGGCGGCAGGUGUGGCAAAAAAUGCUUGAAAAGGCAUCACGGCGAAUUCUGGAUGAGGAACUCACAGCCCGUCUCGCGCUUCAGACUCGGGCCUUUUCCUUCCAGCGCUCUUCUCUCUCCUCUUCUCUCUCCACCUCCAACUCCACCUAUGAGAGGAUCUUCCCCCUUUGCUCCGACUACCAGGAGCCGUCCCGCCUCAUCCGGAGACUACCCGAGUUUGCACAUUUCCCGGAACACCUGGGACCAAGCAGCUCCUACAGGACUCUUGCAGCCGGUGGUUCGGAUGGCGCCCCCCACUAUGCAGAGGCCGACAUCAUCAGCCUGCAGGGGUCCGACAGCAACGGCCACUCUGUCACAGCUGUCAGCCUCAAUAUCUUGGCUGGCGCAGAUUCAUCCAUGAGAGAGUUUCCCAGAGACAAACUCACGUUCAAAGAGAAACUGGGAGAGGGACAGUUUGGAGAGGUGCGUUUGCGCAUCUGUGCCGCUUUGAAGGAUUUCCUGGAGGAGAUCCGAAUCAUGUCUCGCCUGAUGGACCCCAACAUUGUCCGUCUGCUGGCUGUAUGCGUGGACACAGACCCUCUUUGUAUGAUUACGGAGUACAUGGAGAACGGAGACCUCAACCAGUUCCUUUGCCAUCUCAGACUAAAGGAGGUUGAUGAUGAGGACUGUGAAGCAGGACAGGAGGAGAAAGAAGACAGGAGGAUGGUCAGAUUGUGA